AUGGAACACUACAAUACUCUUGGUGAAGUUGUCUAUAAUGAGAAGGUCAAGCAUUGGCAUUUCAGAGUAAAAAUCAUAAGAAUCUAUCCUUUAUAUUCCUAUGUUACCGGCAAAGGAACACACCAUGUUUAUGUCAUAGCAGAUGAACAUGGAACCAAGAUGGAGAUAACCAUCUAUGAUAUAUAUAGAGAUAGGUUUAGAGGCCUAGAGAAGCAAGAGGGAAAAUGGGUGGAAAUCUUUAUUGUAGAAGUUGGCCGUGCCCGUUCAGGUUUCAACGCAGCAAAAUCCAAAUUCACACUAACUGCUACUGGCGAUACCCAAAUUCAUAUCAUCGAUCCUCUGAACGAUCAGCUUCACUUUGAGUCCAAAUGCAUUCAUGAAAUCUGUCACAUGAGCUACAAGGAGAGAAAUUUUCCCAUAGAUACAAUGGGAGUGGUCUUUAAGACGGAAGCCCAUUUUGAUGAUCCUGAAGGACCAAAGAUGGUGUUUUACAUAAGGGACAACAUGUUCAAUCCGCCCUUGCUGGAGGUAGAUGAGUUCAAACAAUCGGUCAAUAACAAUGACCAUUAUGUUCGGAAGUAUGGAGCUAUAGGGCCUUUGUAA